UGGUUGCCAUUCUCUGGGAGAUAUAAACAAACACCACCACUAAUUCUGUGCUUUUCCUGUGAACUUUUUGGUUGUGAAAUAAUACAUAUUUAGCUAUUUCGAUUGGCUACAAAACAAUCCAUCCAUUUAAGCGGUGGUUUUCGGUCAACAUAAUUCAGUAUUUGCGAAGACAUUGACAAGACAGUCGUUAAAAAAUACAACAAAGUUAAAAUUAUGGAAGCUGAAGCUCAAGAAAAUAAUAAUACACCUUUGUCUGCGAGCAGUCCCAAAACUGAGUCAUCAGCAGAAGUACCUGUGCUUAAUAUAUCCGGAAGGGUGAAGCCAAACCUAAAUACUCCCCGCAUAAGGGGAAAAAAAAAGCCAGCUCCGACGAUUCCAGAGGCUCCCAAAGUCAACCCGACCACAUUUCCAGUGAUUCUAAGCAGGAUCCUACUGAAGAGCAAUGUUCCGCCCGUAAAUGCUCCGAAGGUGAAUCCCGCCGACGACAUACAGUACCUUUGUUUCCUUUGCCUGGAGAAACCGGCCAGUCGGAAGCGCGUGUAUCACAUGUUCAUAACCACGGAAAAGGAUUUGGGAAGAGACUACGAGCAUACAAGACGCCUCUACGAGAAUCGAAAGGAGUACAAGAAUGUGAACAAUAUAAGCGUGCAAACUGUCUGUGCGCGGGCAUUGUACCGCCGAGUCCAGAAAAAGUUCACCGAUGUGCAGUGGAACAAGCUGGGAAAUGUUUUUGAGACUGAUAUGGUCGGACUUAGUGAUGUCUGGGGCAUUUCUGACCGAGUUUACGCCAUGCGAACCGAGGAACACGAAAGGCUAUUCAAUUACAUCAAGUUCAUGAACUCCUCAUGAGCUAAAAAACUUUAGAAUUUAAUUUUCCACUAGUGUAAAUUGUGAUAACUUUUUUUAUAUUAAAUCGCUAUCUUGCACAUA